AUCGGUGUCUCGCUCGGUAUAACUUUUAGCUUUGGUGGCAGGCAGACAUUAAGAAUAGGUACUUUUGUUCCGACUAAAAUCUUCAAUCGCCUAUCCAUCCUAUCGAUUCAAUUUUCCGUAUAAUGCUAUUGUUGAAUAUUUUUCUAUCCUAGGCAUUGUUCUUCGUCCACAAUGCCUAAAUAGUUAAAACAAUGACGUAAGCGAUAUAAAAAGGUAAUCUAGGCAUCUGGGCCAGCUAUUUCAUUAUUGUGUCGGUGGUGAUCUAGUCAAGAUGAUGAAAAGAGCUUUGAUAUUCGUCUUAUUUGGAGUAGUUUGGCCGUACGAAAAAUCUACGAUAUCUUAUUGCCUGUGGCAUAAUAAUUCAUGUGUCGACUUUUGUCCAGAAUGGAUGGUGGAAGUGAAGAGUGAUUGCGCCCAGUCUUAUUGGAAAUCGCAACGCACAUGCGAACAUCCUGACGCAAUGUUAGUGGGUACGGUCUGCGGGUUCAGCCGCUGCGACUGCCCAGAGCACACAGUGCUCGACACUGAAACUGGAUACUGUUACGACGUUGAUAACUGCCCUACAAAGCAUUCGGAAUAAAAAUAACGAUAAAAAUAAUUCAAAAACUCACAAUUAAUUAUUUGUUUCCGUUUCCGCACUGUUUCUGAACGAUAAAGUCAUUUUUGACAUUGACAGCUUAAUCAUCUGUGCUGUGACACUGACAUUGACAGGUCUUUAUUGACAAUUUGCAGGACAGAAAAGCAUUAAAGUUUUACAUAAUUCCUAACAAAUAACGCAGAUUUCAUCCUUCU